GGCUGGGCUGCUCCCGAGCAGCUCACUCCAGAGAGUGCCUAGCCUCUGGUCAGCUACCCCAGCCAGCCUUGAGGACAGAACUCUUUCUCUCCCUCUCUCUCUCCCUCUCUCCGCCUUUCUCUUUCUCCAACAACCCCACCAGGCUCACCCUCCCCUGUUCCCCUGACAUCAUCUCAUCCUUCCUGCCUCUUCCUCUGUCUUCUCCCCCCCACACUUCCCCAACCCUUGAGAAGGCUGGAGCAGGGAAGCUGCCGGACCCCCUGCCUCUGCCCCUUUGGUCACGAGGACACCCCACGCCAUCCAGCGAGGCCCCCGGCCACCCUUCCCCUGGACACUGGAUAAGGUCCCAAGGACAGACAGACAGAGUGACGGCAUGGUGGGAGUCUUCUACUUCGCGAUGUUCCUGGCUGCUUGGGACUUCAGCCUGGCAAGUCCUCUGGAGAAAGAUGUCUGUGACCUGGAGCUCCCAGACUCUGAAACAGGAAAGGUGACAUACACCCCAGAGCAAGUCUCCUGGGGCUGCCUGGGCCAGAGGAAUCACAACUCCACCCAGGAAGUCCAUAUCCUUAACCUGAGGUUUCCAAAGGAUAUCUCAGUCUUGGAGCUGACUAUUCAGGCCCACGAGGGGAAUGAGCCACAGAUCCGACAUGUCCAAGUCAUCCUCAUUGUCCAGGGUGUUAUCAAUCUCCUGCUGCAGGCCCCAAGAAUCCCAGUCAACUUUUCCUUGGACCCCGAUAGGGUCUUCUUCGGGGCAACUGAUGUCAACUACACUCCCUUGCCGGACUUCUUCACAAGGGAAGAGCUCCUUGACUGGGCCCAGAGGACACAUGGCAACAUUACCUCCUAUGCAGAGAUGGAUAACCCCCAGAGCAUCACCCUCCACUUGGGUCAAGCCCUACCAUAUGCAUUCCCAUGUAUCCCGGAGUUGAACUUCAACAUGGGCAGCCACCUAACCUGGAAGACUCUUGCACUAGGCGUCAGAGGCUGCCGCUUCAGGAAGGGGCUGGGCAAGAAGGUGGCUCACGUUUUGAAGAUCACACAGGGUCCCUCAAGCAGCCCUCAGACAGUGGAGGUGAAGAUGAACUUGAGCUGCCCAUUGGGGAAUCUGAAUCCCACACUGGAAACUGUGCUGAUCCUGCAGGGACCCCGCAAUAUCAAUUGGCUGAUUGACUCCCACAACAAUGUGCAGAUCGAGACCACAGGUGAAUACUCCUUCAAGAUCUUUCCCAACAACCGCAUCUCUGGCUCCAUUGGGUCUGACACGCUCCAAGAACUGCUUGAUGAGGUCCAGAAGAAGUACAAUGCUAGCACCAUCGCCUCCUAUGUGGAAAUUCCAGCCACCAGCCACAUUUCCCUGUGGGCCCCUAGUUGUGCCUCCACAGUAGAAACUUCACCUUCUCCAGUGCUGACAACUCCGUUCAUGAUGACUUGCUAUUUUCCUCUGCUGAGCUCCCUGCUUUUGCCCCAGUGUUCCCCAGACAGCAUGACAUUGGUGCUAAAGAAGGAAUUUAUUGCGGUCCUGAACUGUCAGAUCAAACACCUCUCCUUCCGAGACCCCAGUUGCCAGUCACAAGAGAUAGAUAACCAGUUUGUGUUAAGCAGCACCUUCUCUGGGUGCGGGAUGAAUCUGAAGAAAGGUGUCAUUUUAAACAAUGAGGUGACUGUGACCUUAACCUCCAGGUCUGAACCAGUGUUGAUAGAGGUUGAGUGUCUUAACACCAGCGCCUUUUCUGUCCAAAUGGAGGCCUACCACAGCCAGCAAUUUCUUCGGACCUCUAACACCAUUGAGUUGGGCCAGCGAGUCUAUGUGCAGGUGACAGUGGCCCCAGCAAUUGAAGAGCUCAUUGCACAACUGGACAGCUGCUCCCUGGACCUGGGGCCAGAGGCUGACCCUGUGGAACUAAUCCACGACCAAGUGCCCAAGAGCCCCAGGGUGAGCUUCCUGAUGUCAGAUUCCUCCAGAAUCCAAUUCAGCUUCCUUCUCCGGGGUCACAUGGUGCCCACGCCAACAGCUGCCACACUUAGCUGCAAUGUAGAACUGGUCCUCAAGGCCAGGAAAGAGACCAAGACUACCAUCAAGACCUCAAUGAAGUUAAACAUCAGCAAUCCCAUACCAACCCAAGGCCUGGGCAUGCCCGCUGUCCUGGGAAUCACCUUUGGAGCCUUCAUCAUUGGAGCCCUGCUCACGGCUGCCCUCUGGUACAUCUACUCCCAUACCCGUCCUCCAGGCAAGCGGCAGCCAGUGAUGGCCACAGUGCCAGCCUCUGAGAGCAGCAGCACCAACCACAGCAUUGGCAGCACUCAGAGCACGCCCUGCUCCACCAGCAGCAUGGCGUAACCCACCCCAACUCUCCCCCACUGGCCCAGACUGCACCACCUCCGGCCUGAUUAGGCUCACUUGGCACCCUCGGCCUGGAUCAUCCCAUCUCCAGAUUCCAGGAACCGUGCCUGCCUUUUUCUACACUCUGGACUUUUGGAGAGUCAGCCCGGGCCCAGCCUCUUUGAUCCAAAGAGGGUGCAGGGUGUGGGGAUGGAAGGUAGUGUCAGGGCGUCAUCCCAAGCCCGACACCUUCAGAGACAAACUACACCCCCUCUACACACACACACCCAAGAGCAGAAAUGGGUGUUGGCAGCGCCUGCAGGAGAGACUGGCCCGGCUGAUAACCCGGAGCCUGGGCCCCAGACUUAGACAUUCAAUGAAUGGUUGUGUCCACCCAAACCCCAGCACAAAAGACAAUCCUAUCCCAGAGUUUGAUGAGUCACAGCUUCAGGCUAUGGCCAGAGCUCUUCAGAGGGGACCCAUCUCAAAGGACCUCGAAUUCAGCAUUGGCAAUCUGGGUUCCCACAGACAACCUCUCAACUGGUCGUGGAGUUUCGGGGAGUGAGGCCCACUUCCUGAGCUGUAUAUAUGCCUCACAGUAUUUUAUGUCAUUGCGCAAAAUGUAUGUUAUUUUAAUAUCAGAGUUCGUCACAGAAAGAAAUGAGUAAAAUUUAAACCCAGAACCAGCCUGCCCACUUCACACUGGCCCCUGAGGGAGGUAAAGGGACCAGAGGAAGAGUGAGAAUAGAGUGCAAUCCUCACUUUAGUGGGUCAUCCACCCUGGAUCCUGUGGCGGCUAAGGCCUCUCCUCUUCCCCAUGGGCAUCUCCCCAAGGCACUCCUUCCUAGCCCAUUGCCCAGCUCCCACCAGCCAGGGCCUGGAGCUCUAGAAGCUGAAGAUGCUGCAGCAACAGAUUCUCUGGUCUGUCCCAGGCUGGGCGGGUGGGAUCAUGGGCUCCAGAACCCAUCAGCUCCAGGGCUUCCAGGAGGGACACAGCUCAAGGGGGGAAGCCUGUGCCCCCCGCCUAGCCGGAGGUGGCCUCCAUUCUAUAUAUGCUGCCAAGAACAACAGUGAAACAAGCAAGCCCAUACAUACAUAUAGAUAUUUUAAAGAGAUGGGCACUUUAUAAAUUCCUUUGCUCCCAACAACCCCAGAAGUGGGUCCCAGCAUCAUUUCCCUUUUACACACAGGGAAGACUAACAAAGUCAAAUAGCUUAUCUACCGAUACAUUGCUUGUAAUUUGGUGGAGUUGGGGGGAUUUGAACCCCUGUAUUUUCAUGCCACAUAUUAGCAAUUAGCAUUUAUAUGACUCUUUGAGGUUUGCAGAGAAACUUGCAAAUCAUAUCUCAUUUGAUCCCCACAACAAAUCUAGAAGGUAAGUGCUAUUUUUCUCAUUUUACAGAUGAGGAAACUGAGGCAAAUAGAGAUCAAGUGUCUUGCCCAGGGUCACUCAGCUACUAAGUUCCUGAGGGUGAAUUCAAACUCUGGUCUUCUCAAUUCUACUUCCAGAACUCUCUCUACUCAGUCACCUCAUUGCCUAGAAAGGACACACAGUGUUCUUUCUCUACUGUGGGUAGAGGAACGAGUUUAGCUGUUCCCAGUCUUCACCAGGAUGCCAGGACCUAUUUAGACCUUUUGCCCAGAACCCUUAGUGAGAGUCUGGAGCAUGUCUGGUAUAAACUGGACUGGGCUCUCAGGUUCCCCCCUCGUGUCCAGGGCUGGCUUUGUGGGGUAAAGGAUAUGGGAGAAGGGGAGGAUAGAACUCAGCGGCUGGAAAGAAAGUGGUCCAAAGGGAACAGCUCCCAAAGCUACAUUUCACAGACCUCAAGCUUCUCAUUUGUCUCUGAGCAGUCAGGAAUUUGAGGCAUAAGUCUUUUGGAAAAAAAAAAAGAUGUUUUUUAAUUAAAAAAGCUUUAACUCAC